AGAGGGAUCACAGCAAGAAGAGGAGUAGUAUGAAACAGGUGCAGUGGGAUGAAGAUGGACUGACCUGGGAUGUUUACGGAGCCUCCCUGGACCCAGAGGUGCUCAGCUCAACCUUACAGAAACACCUACAACUCCUGACCAGGACAGACAGCACAAACACAGAAACCACUUCCAAGACCAAGAACCCUCCCAUGGAAACCACUACCACGUCAACCCCUGUUAUGACAACCAAGCUCAAGACCGCUUCCAUGGAAACCGCAACCACGUCAACCCCUGUCACAAACAAAAGAAAGGCCACUUUCAUGGCAACUUCUCCAAAGGCAACCCUUGUCACACCCUUAUCGAUUAAUAGCAUGGCGACUGUUGCUAUAGAGACUGAGACUGACACUAAAGGAGAAGGAGACAGAGAGGGAGAUAGAAAGCGAGGAGCGGUAGAGAGAGAAGGAGAUGUACAGAGAGAAGCAGAGGGAGAAAGAGAAGGAGAGGUAAUGAGAGGAGAGGAGGAGGGAGAAGGUACAGAGGAGGAGGGGACACCGGUGCUGUCUCGUAAGUCGUCGUACCGUGAGAGUGGGCGGCGCAGAAAGAAGAGUGGAGGAGUGAUCAGGUCACUAAAGCGAUGCGUUCGCUCCUCAAACCCCAAUGACUAACACUGGAAGCACACCGAGAAGGUGGACAUUCUCCCAUUAUAAGACUAACCGAUGACUGCAUAGGACUAACACAGGGGGUUGGUGGGGAUCAGUCGGAAAGGGAAAAGAGUCCAUCUGUAUUGCCUAACACUGGAGUCCAUCUGUAAAUACCCAACACUGGACUCCAUCUGUAUUGCCCUAACACUGGACUCCAUCUGUA